UUCAAAUUGGCUCCCAUAUUUUUCGUGAAUUGCAGACCACAUCUCUCUCGCUCUCGGCUCUAGCCAAUCCUCUCCAACUCUACUGCGCAUUGUUUGACAAAUUUCGGUAUACCUGCAACUGUCUGCUACUGAGAUGGCAGUUGCAUCUCAAGCUGCCAUUCGGUUUCCUUCUGUCGGCCCCACAGCUCUUUCUCCCAACUUCAUUGUAAAUGGGAUUGGGAAUGAUCUUCAGCUGAAGCCUCCCAGAGGCGGAGUUGGACGAAGAGUGAGACUCAGAGCUCGUAGGCGGGCGAUGCCGUUGGCGACGUUAGGCGGAUUACUUGGCGGUAUCUUUGGGACGGGCACAGACACCGGCGAGUCUACCAGGCAGCUCUAUGCAAACACCGUCGCACUCAUCAAUCGGAUGGAGCCCGAGAUUUCGUCUCUUUCAGAUUCCCAGCUGAGAGAAAGGGCGUCGGCCUUGCAAGAGCGUGCUAGCCGCGGUGAUUCCUUAGACACCCUUUUGCCUGAAGCAUUUUCAGUAGUUCGGGAGGCUUCUAAAAGGGUACUCGGUCUUCGCCCCUUUGAUGUACAAUUAAUAGAAGGUGGCAUGGUUCUUCACAAAGGAGAAAUAGCUGAAAUGAAAACAGGAGAAGGAAAGACACUUGUGGCCAUAUUGCCUGCUUUUCUGAAUGCAUUGUCGGGGAAAGGAGUUCAUGUUGUUACUGUUAAUGACUAUUUGGCUCGACGAGAUUGCGAAUGGGUUGGUCAAGUUCCACGUUUUCUUGGACUGAAGAGUGUUGAUGAACUUGUCUUGAGGGGUUUCAAUUACUGUGUAAUUGAUGAGGUUGAUUCAAUUCUGAUUGAUGAAGCAAGGACUCCUCUAAUCAUAUCAGGACCUGCGGAGAAACCAAGUGAUCGUUACUAUAAAGCUGCUAAAAUGGCCACAGCUUUUGAGAGAGAGAUACAUUAUACAGUUGACGAGAAACAAAAAACAGUUUUACUUACAGAACAGGGAUAUGCAGAUGCUGAGGAAAUUCUAGAUGUAAAAGAUUUGUAUGAUCCAAGGGAGCAGUGGGCAUCAUACAUAUUAAAUGCUAUAAAAGCUAAGGAACUUUUUGUUAAAGAUGUAAAUUAUAUAAUCAGAGGCAAGGAGGUUCUUAUAGUAGAUGAAUUUACUGGCCGGGUAAUGCAGGGAAGACGCUGGAGUGAUGGACUUCACCAGGCGGUUGAAGCAAAAGAGGGACUGCCCAUACAAAAUGAAACAGUGACCCUGGCUUCAAUUAGUUACCAAAAUUUCUUUCUCCAGUUCCCGAAACUUUGUGGCAUGACUGGCACUGCUGCUACUGAGACGGCAGAAUUUGAGAGCAUAUACAAGCUCAAAGUUACAAUUGUUCCUACAAACAAGCCCAUGAUAAGAAAGGAUGAAUCAGAUGUAGUGUUCAGGGCAACUACAGGGAAAUGGCGGGCUGUUGUAGUAGAGAUAUCUCGGAUGAAUAAAACAGGUCGGCCGGUUCUUGUUGGAACAACUAGUGUUGAGCAGAGUGAUGCACUGUCCGAACAGCUCCGUAAAGCUGGAGUUCCACAUGAGGUUCUGAAUGCCAAACCUGAAAAUGUGGAAAGAGAAGCUGAAAUUGUAGCUCAAAGUGGUCGUCUUGGGGCAGUUACUAUUGCAACGAAUAUGGCUGGUCGUGGGACUGAUAUUAUCCUUGGUGGUAAUGCAGAAUUUAUGGCAAGGUUGAAGUUACGUGAGAUGUUGAUGCCAAGAGUUGUAAGGCCAAUUGAAGGAGUUUUUGUUUCUGUAAAGAAACCUCCUCCCAAAAAAACAUGGAAGGUAAAUGAGAGCCUAUUCCCUUGCACACUAUCAAAGGAGAAGUUGAAAUUGGCUGAGGAAGCUGUGGAGUUGGCUGCGAAAACAUGGGGCCAAAGGUCACUAACUGAACUUGAAGCUGAAGAGCGGCUGUCAUAUUCUUGUGAAAAGGGUCCCGUGCAGGAUGAAGUAAUAUCAAAUCUGCGCAAUGCAUUUCUUGGAAUUGUUAAAGAAUAUAAAGUUUACACAGCGGAAGAAAGAGACAAGGUUGUGUCAGCCGGUGGACUUCAUGUUGUGGGUACAGAACGUCAUGAGUCACGUCGAAUAGACAAUCAGCUGCGUGGUCGUAGUGGCAGACAGGGAGAUCCUGGAAGUUCCCGAUUCUUUCUAAGUCUUGAAGAUAACAUCUUCCGGAUAUUUGGUGGAGAUCGAAUUCAGGGUUUGAUGAGAGCUUUUAGAGUUGAAGAUUUACCUAUUGAAUCCAAGAUGCUGACGAAAGCACUUGAUGAAGCUCAAAGAAAAGUGGAGAACUAUUUUUUUGACAUUAGAAAGAAACUGUUUGAAUUUGAUGAGGUUUUGAACAGCCAAAGAGAUCGAGUAUACAAUGAGAGGAGGCGAGCCUUAGAAUCUGAAGAUCUACAAUCUCUCCUAAUUGAAUAUGCUGAAUUAACAAUGGACGAUAUACUUGAGGCAAAUAUUGGUUCUGAUGCUCCCAGAGAAAGCUGGGAAUUUGAGAAGCUUAUAGCAAAACUUAAGCAGUAUUGCUAUCUUUUGGAUGAUUUGACCCCAGAUUUGUUGGAAACUAAAUGCUCCAAUUUCGAGGAACUAAGAGACUAUCUUCACCUUCGUGGACGUGAAGCAUACUUGCAGAAACGGGAAAUUGUGGAGAAGGAGGCUCCAGGCUUGAUGAAAGAGGCAGAAAAGUUCCUGACGUUGACCAACGUUGAUCGUUUAUGGAAGGAGCACCUGCAAGCGCUAAAAUUUGUUCAGCAAGCAGUGGGUUUACGAGGAUAUGCACAGAGGGAUCCACUCAUCGAAUACAAACUUGAGGGAUACAAUCUCUUUGUGGAUAUGAUGGCACGAAUAAGGAGAAACGUGAUAUAUUCUAUUUACCAGUUCCAACCUGUAAUGGUUAAGGAUCAAAGGAAUGUAGCGCGUGGGAAAGACGAUAAGCUUGAUUCCAAAGGAAAGGAAAGUGAUUAUAAAAACCCCGAGACAAUAGCCGCUGCCACGCUACCUUCAUCUGCUGUUGGCAGCAGGCAAGCAGCUGAGAAGUAAUUUAUUGUACCUCUGAUGUGCCCUUUUUAUUGCUGGGAACAGGCUGGCAAGUAAAACCAUAUAGUACACAAUGUGCAAGGUGUAAAAUUUGCUGUAAAAUGAUAGAUUGUGGGUGUAAUAAUUCCAAAGGAAAGGAAAGUACUUCUGUAUUCAAUUUAUUUCUGUAUUUCCUUCAACGCGGUUUUGCUUGGACAAUGAAUUGUGUGCAUGGUCACCAUUGCAGCAAAUAUUCCGUCCUUGCUGCCUUGUGUGAAGGAAUCGUGGAAAUGUAAGAGAAACAUGAAAAGAUGGAUGGAUAAGAAAAAUCGAGUUUUUUUAUAUUUUCA